ACAAUGAAAGACUGGUUGACUGAUGUUACAUUAUUAAACGCAGGCUCAUCAGUUUGGAACAUCUAUCCAGGUUCCUGCAUUUAGAGAGGAGCUACUCGUCUCAGAGAUCUGCCAUGAAGAAAAUAGUGAUUAAAGUUGCAAUCAACUGCCAAAUUUGCAAGACCGAUGUGCUGAAAGCCGUUGCUAAACUUACAGGUAUCGAUCAGGUAUCGGUGGAUGGAGAGAAGGGAAUAUUAACAGUUGUAGGAGAUGUUGAUCCGGUGUUGGUAGUGAAAAGACUUAAAAAGAUAAAAAAGUGUCCGGAGAUAGUGAGUAUUGGACCUCCAAAGCCACCGGAACCUGAGAAGCCGAAGCCGAAGCCACCUCCAACUCCUGUUCCUUGCCUUCCUCCAUCAUGCAAGGACUGUCAACUUGUUGCCGUGGGUUACUACUUACCCUAUGAAGGCCGGAUGUGUUCCAUCCUCUGAGGAAUCCAACCACAAAUCCAUAUUUAUAU